GCGCUAGUCGCGUUGUCGCCGAGACCAAAGCCGCGCUCCCCCGAGACACCAAACAAGCGCCAGAGUGCAGCAAGGAACUCGACGACGGAGAACCGCCGCCGCCGUAUACAGAAGGAGGCUCUCCUCUCGACGGCUUUACAUACGUCAUGGCUGUAGCCGGCGGAGCGGCGAGUGUCAUCACCCAGGUCCAGCAAGGGCCCGCUGGGAUUGCACCCAUCAGCACCAGUGGUAUUGGAGGAUCGGACGAGAGCAUUACGCUUGAGCUACGCGGAACGCGCUUCACGCUGUCGCGGGAUGAACUGCUCACCCUUCCCGAAUUCGUCUUACUCUCUCUAUUCCCGAAUGGCCUGCUUCCCGAUGGCCACAUGAACAGCUAUCACAACACUGGCGACGUGUACCCCGUCGACUACGACCCCGCAUCCCUCCAGUACAUGCUCGAAUUCUUCCGCCAAGUCGCUCAAUCCUUGCCCACCUCGGCAGCCACACCUCAGGAUGCUUCCACUGUGCCCAUUGAGCCCGGGCCCGCGCCGUUGGCAGGCUCCGCGCGAGACAUGCUCCAGGAUCGGGCUGGCAUCAUUGUGCUGCGCGAGGACCUGGACUUCUACGCCAUUCCCCCGCGACGCGACAUCGAUGCUACCGAGAUGAUUGAGGUGAAACGAGCGGCUGGCAGAGAACUCCUGAAGCAGGAUGGCAUCUUCAGUGGCCUGAGGAAAAGUGAGGAGGAGGGCACGACGGAGCGACACCUCAUCGAAAUGCUGACGGCUGGUGGUUUCGAUCAUGCCGACAUCUGGGGCCAUCGCGCGGCCGAGCCUAAUAAGGCGGUGAUAUGCUCCAUCGCCCUUGCGCGACUGAGGACUGAUAUUCGCGGCUCCGAUGCUGGGGGUGCGGCCAGUGGGAACGCGGUGGGCAUGGCGCAAAAGUUGCUGUUGUUCUGGAGGAAGCCGGCGCGAAGAUGCUGGUGGGAAGGGGUGGAGCUGGAGAAUGUCGAGGGAGUGCAAGGAAAACUGAAGGUGUGGAUUCGAAGGGUCUGGACUCUUGAGAUGAGCGUUAUUGGGUUACGGUGAUAGGUUUUCCGACCCUCUCGGAGAAUGGGUGGAUGGCGAUGCGCAGUUCUUGAUCGAGUGGCCCACA